CCCUGGCAGCCCGUUCCAGGCACCCACCUCUCUGUGUGUAAAAACCCUGCCCCACACACUUAAGGGACAAGUUUCCCCCUCUUACCUUAAAUGCAUGUCCUACAUAGGGUUAAAUAACUGUUACCAUGUUUGGUAUUCCUGGGUCAAUGGACCGGCUUGUUGACACGCACUUUCACACACACAGACCUGGAGACUGUCCGUGAAGCCACACCACUACUCGUCGUCCCUUCGCACUCACUGGUCUUUGCUGCGGUUGGGAGGUCCAUGCUUCAGACCUUGCCUGCCUUGGUCCUGUUUGUUCCCAUUGGUUCUCCGAGGAUUACGUCCUCGCCUGAGGAGCUGUGGUGCGUGCUCUGCUGGGGAGGUGAGCACUCGUCGUCGUUUAAUGCAGAAAUAAGUUUACACCGGGGAGUGUUGUAGAACCAAGGGACCUCAGGGCACAGGUUAAAUGUUCCUGAAACUUGUCGAUGCCAACCUGUAUCCAAAGACUGGCGUCUCUCCAUCCGAACCAAGGUCUCCAAGGUGAUAACUGUCCCUCCUUAAGCGACCAUCUCUGUGCCCAUACGACAUGACCAUGGGCUUUGUGGAUAUCCUGGAGAAGGUGGGAGGUGCGGGCAGAUUCCAAAUCAUCCACAUCCUCCUCCUGUCUCUCCCGAUUACCUUCAUGGCCAGCCACAACCUGCUUCAGAACUUUGUGGCUGUUGUACCCGGCCACCGGUGCAGGGUGCACCCGGGAGCCAACGGCACGAGGUACCUCAACGUGACGGAGGAGCCGCUGAGCGAGGAGCUUCUCCGGGUCUUCGUGCCCCUGGACCGGGAGGGGAGGCCGGACAAAUGCCUCCUGUACACCUCACCACAGUGGCAGCUCCUGGGCACCAACGAGACGUGGGGGAACCGGAGCCAGCCCGACACACAGGCGUGCACCGACGGGUGGGUGUAUGACCGGUCCCAGUUCACAGCUACCAUCGUGACAGAGUGGGACUUGGUGUGUGACCGUAAGUCACUGAGACACCUGGCACAGUCUCUCUACAUGGCUGGGUUCUUGGCAGGAUCCAUCAUUUUUGGGAGGCUUGCUGACAGGUAUGGCCGCCGGACUCUCCUGCUGUUAUCUCACCUCCUGAUGGCCGUCUCCGGCACGUGCGCCGCCUUCUCCUCGUCCUUCUCGUUCUUCUGCUUCUGCAGGUUUCUCUCGGGAAUGGCGGUGACGGGUAUUAUACUCAACACCUUGUGCCUGUGUGUCGAGUGGAUCCCAACAAACAUUCGGACAGGUGUCAGCACCUUUUGCGGCUUCUGCUACAGCAUUGGCCAACUGAUCCUGCCCGGCAUCGCCUACGGAAUCCGGAAUAACCGCUGGCUUCACCUGGCCGUGUCCGCACCGUUCUACCUCUUCUUCCUCUACUCUUGGUGGUUCCCGGAGUCGGCGCGAUGGCUCGUGAUGAACGGCCAGACAGACAAAGCUCUGAGACACCUCAAACGGGUGGCAAAACUGAACGGCAAGAAGGAGGCAGCGGAGGAGCUGACCGCUGCUAUCUUGAGGUCAAACAUGGAGGAGGAAUUAACAAACAGCAAAAGGACCUACAGUGUGUUUGACCUGUUCAAAACCCCUGUCCUUCGCAAAACAACCUUCUGCACCAUGAUUGUCUGGUUCUCAACGAGCUUCUCAUAUUACGGGCUGUCGGUCGACCUGCAAGGACUUGGGGUUGACAUCUAUCUCAUCCAGCUCAUCUUUGGAGUGGUUGACAUCCCUGCCAAGCUGGUGGGUCUUUUCACCUUGACUUAUAUCGGCAGGAGGUUCACACAGGCGGCCACCCUAAUCCUGGCGGGGCUGGUUAUUGUGGUCAACAUCUUCAUCCCAGGAGAUCUCCAGGCCCUGCGCACCGCCUUGGCCGCCAUCGGUAAGGGCAGCCUGGCCGCUGCCUUCAGCUGCUGCUUCCUCCACGUCAGUGAGCUCUACCCAACCGUGAUCAGACAGACGGGGGUGGGAUUUGCCAACACCAUGGCGCGGGUUGGAGCCAUGGUGGCUCCGGCCGUGAAGCUGACCGGCGACCGCCUCCCGCUGCUGCCGAUGACCAUCUACGGCGGGGUGGCCAUCAUAUCCGGAGCGUCAGCCUUCUGCCUUCCGGAGACCCUCAGCGCCCAGCUGCCUGACACCAUCAAGGACGUGGAGAACAGGCAGGGAAAAAGAAAGGGGGCAAGGAAGGAGACAGCUCUACAGCCGCGAGCACAGGUCCCCCUGAUGGAGCAGAGAGUCUGAUCUGAGGCAGCUCCCAGCUUGCUCUGCCCUGUGACACACGCCCAUGGACGGCAGAAAAGUGACAGGCUGAAUGGCCUACUCUUGCUUUUUGUUUCUUUGGAUCUCGCGCACUUUUGACCAGUUGUCUGAUGCAUUUCUGACGCUGGAUGUUGUAACGUGUAUUGGCUCAAAGGGAGGCCAUUCUGUCCAUGAUAGCCCUCCACAGACCAAUUCCAUUCCCCCAUCUCCUUAUCUCCCUGUGUCCCUGAAUCUUAUUCCCUCCUGCCUGUGAUUCUUUUGUCACUUCUGCACACGACGGGUAAAUUACGAUUAACCCACCGACUCCGCACAUCGUCGGGACGUGGGAGGGAACAGGAGCACCCGGGGUCACGGGGAGAACGUGCAAACUCCGCAGUGUCAGUGUCAGUUUCAGUGUGUGUCAGCAGAGUGUGUCAGUAACAUGUGUAUCAGCAUAGGGUGUGAGCAGUGAGUGUGAGCAGUGAGUGUGAGCAGUGAGUGUGUACAGUGUGUGAGCAGUAGUGUGUGAGCAGUGAGUGUGAGCGGUGAGUGUGUGAGCAGUGUGUGUGUGAGCAGUGAGUGUGAGCAGUGAGUGUGAGCAGUGAGUGUGUGGGGUGAUGGUGAGUGUGAGCAGCGAGUGUGUGAGCAGUGAGUGUGAGCAGUGUGUGAGCCGUGAGUGUGUGAGGGUGAUGGUGAGCGUGAGCGGAGCAGUGAGUGAGCAGUGAGUGUGUGAGCAUGUGUGUGAGCAGUGUGUAUGAGUGGUGUGUGAGCAUUGAGUGUGAGUGGUGUUUGUGAGUGGUGAGUGUGAACAGUGUGAGCAGGGAGUGUGAGCAGUGAGUGUGAGCAGUGAGUGUGUGUCCUUACCUGAGGUGUGAGAACACUGUUUGUUGCUCCUGAAACAGAAGACUCUCAGAUCCGAGCACUUCUCCGGAGAACUGCAGCCGUGCGUUCCUGCCCGUUUCCGUGAGCUUCCUUCCCCCCUGUAACACUGUUGUUUUCCUGGACUGAAAGCUAAGGUUAUUAAAAAAAAAGAG